GCAACAAAAUAAACAAGUUAAACAUCUUAUUAGGUUAGGAUUUUUAAAAAACGUUGUUUUAGUCAUUAAUUUAAGCCUCUUUUUUUGUUGAACAAUUAAGUCCUCUUCGAAUUAAAAGGUAACUGGCCUCGCCACAGCGAGGAAAAUGGCGAAGAAAAGCGGACAGACUUCUCUCCAAGUUGAAGUUCAAUCUGAUGAAGAGUGGAACGCGCUGCUCGCAAGGCCAGGACUUAUCGUUAUUGACGUGUUCUCUGAAUGGUGCGGCCCAUGCUUGGCGAUGAUGAGCAACCUAAAGAAGCUGAAACUCGAAAGCGGUGUUGAGCAGUUUCAUUUAGCUUUGGCAAAUGCGGAUACGAUUCGGGUAUUAAGCCGGUUUAAAGGAAGGAGCGAGCCCACGUGGAUGAUUGCUGCUGGUGGACAGUUGAUGAGAAUCCUUUUUGGUUCGAACGCGCCAAUGCUCACAAAAACUGUUCUGAGGGAGCUUGAUAAAGAAGUCAAGUGUAUGGCCGGACUGUCUGAGAGAAAAGGGAUGACCUUUGAAGAAGUGACGCCUGACGAACAGCAGAAGUUAGAUGAAAUCGAAGCCAAGAAGUCAAGAGAAGCCGAGCUAGAGAGGAAAGAAUUGGCCGCCCAGUUGGACAAGGUGAAACUGAGGAAUUAUGAGAGACUGGGAAGAGUCAUGAAUACGCAGACAAUAGUUGUAUUUUUCCCUCCUUCUAUUGUGGAACCAGAAGAGCCCAAUGGGAAAAGGACCUGUGCAGCUUCGUACAAGCUCAUGGCGAAAUACGAUAACAUCGGACUGUCUAUCGCCGACCAGUUGGACAUCCUGUUAUCCAGGGAGGAAAUAAUGAACAUGAUGUACAAUUCUGGGCUUUCUUUGCCUGAAGAACUUUUAAAAAUGACUGACACGAGGGCAUGCAUAGCAGCUUUGAUCCAAGAUUCGGCUGCUCUUGCUGUCGAACGAGGACAACCGGGUAAUGCUAUAAACUUGCCUUUGGACCAAGUGGAACAACGUCUUGCGGCUAUGAUCUACGGUGAAAAAAUGGACCCUCUCCGACCUUCCUCUGACUCGGUUUACAAAAUGUUUGAGACUGAUAUUAAUGGUGUGAAAGUUCCUCCAUUCUGGACACCAUUGGAGCACAUAUCAAAAUCGGCAGCUGUGUCUAUUUGCUUCCCGUCCAAGGUACAGGCAACAGAAGUGCCCAUGGACUCUCUGCCGCCACCUAGUUAUGUGAUAAUAUUUGAGGCGAAACAAGCACAUGAAAUUUUAGAUACGGCGAAAGCCUUCGCCGAUGAUGUACUCCAUGUUGGAUAUUUCGACUCAAUCAAUCCAGAGAAAGCCAUCAAAGUUGCAGGAACAAUACACGAACUUGAAAAAAUGGGAGAAGGAAAAGUGAAUGAAACAAAAAUGGUAAUGGCAUUGAAAAAGAUGUCAAGCGAUCCAAUGCUGGUCCUAGCGCAGAUGAACCCGUUACAUAUAAGCGCCGAUUUAGCAAGCGGUACAGUUGAGAUGGAACAGUUCUUCCCACCAACAGUCGAAGUCGUAGAGGAACCGGAUCCAUGGGCGCCACCGCCCCCCGAGCCCAAGGUCUACUGGACAGACGAGGAAGACAACGUGUGGGUCGAGGAGAACCAUGUUGCCUACAACGGCGACAUCAUUAGAGGGAGGAGGCUCGUCAAGCUGGCUGACGGGACCGAUGUCGAGGACGGAGAGUGGCGCGAGAUCCCCAAAGACGAGCCGGACCAGCCGGUCGAGUCCGAGGCUGAUGUGUUUGACGAACUGGGCGAGGACGAGGACAUCGGACUCCUUGACGAUGGCUACGGUCCGAUGAGGACUAUGAACAUGAGUCAUGACGUCGAUGAAGACACCCUCAUCCCCAUUUCAGAAUCUUCAUCAAGGACCAACAUGAAAGACCAAGAAGAGAACAAAGAAGAGAAGAAGGAUAAUAAAAAGUAAUCAUGCUAUUGAUUACCAAUGAAAAGUAUUAACUUACCUACAAUUAAAAAGCUAAACAGUUA